AAGCAUUGGCCGCAUGACCAGUGCAGAGGAGCGUUGCUAGCGCCGCAUCAUCGGUUGCUAUUGACUCGAGCUUGUCACUUGCAGAUGACUAUACCUAGCAUUCCAUGUCCGCAUCUUCUACCCACUGGACAUCAUCACUGAUUGUUUGCCGCUGUAGAGAUCCAUGGACACUGUAGGUGGUCCUGACGCUAAAAAGGCCCGCUGGUCGCCGACCUCGUUCGGCUCGAACGGUACUAACGGUCUCUCUGGUAACCGCGACGCAUUUGCAAACUAUGGCUAUGGCCCGAACGCGAACAUGAACCAGUCCGGCUACAACGGCUCGCCCCCGAACGGGAACGGCUUCAAUGGGAACGCGCUCUACUCGACGCCGCAGCUGAGCAUCAACACGAACACGUCCGCGAACGGCAUGCCGUCGCAGAUGAGCCCAAACGGCGCGGGUCCGUUCACGCCCUCCCAGCAGCAGCCCUCGGCGAACCCGAACGGCCAGAACAGCCCUUACCAUGGCUUCGCCGGGUACAACAUGCUCGGGAUGGGCCUGCCGAUGAACAUGCUGAACGGAUUCCAAUACGGCAGCCCCAUGGCCAACUUCGCGCAGCGGCUUCCUCAGCUGCAGAUCCCCGGCACGCCUCACGCGGGCCCGUACUCGCCCGCGGCCAUCAGCGCUGCGCUCUCCGCGCAGAACAACGCUACGGGCCGCACGGUCUACGUCGGCAACCUGCCCGCGACAGCCUCAGUCGACGAGCUGCUCAACCUCGUUCACUUUGGGCCGCUCGAGUCGAUCCGCGUGCUCCCGGAGAAGUCGUGUGUAUUCCUGUCGUUCCUUGACGGCGCGACCGCCGCGGCUUUCCACGCGGACGCUCUGAUCAAGAAGCUGUCGCUGCACGGUCAGGAGCUGAAGAUCGGUUGGGGUAAGCCGUCCGCGGUGCCCAGCCAGGUCGCUCUUGCGAUUCAGCAGAGCAACGCGAGCAGGAAUGUGUACUUGGGAGGUUUGGACGAGAACAUGACGGAGGAGCAGUUGAGGGAUGAUCUGAGCCGUUUUGGGCUGAUUGAUCAGGUGAAGAUCGUGAGGGACAAGAAUAUUGGGUUUGUCCACUUCUUGAGCAUCGCUGUCGCGACUAAGGUCGUGAACACGCUGCCGACCGAGCCGGCAUGGGCGGGCAAGCGGGUCAACUAUGGCAAGGACCGCUGUGCCUACAUCCCCAAGUCGCAGCAAGCCGCAGCGCAGGCCGCGCAGGCUGCUGCUGCCCAGUCACUCGUGGCACAGUCCGCCGCCGCGUCGCUCUCCCCCAUGCAGCCCAACGGCCCGAGCUUCGCGUCGCCGCUGUCGCCGUACAUGCCCUUCUCUCCGGAUGGCCUCGGUGGCCUCACUUCCGCGCAGGCUCUGAACCGCACUGUCUACCUGGGCAACAUCCACCCGGAGACGACGACUGAGGACCUGUGCAAUGCCAUUCGGGGUGGUGUCUUGCAGAGCAUGAGGUACAUGCAGGACAAGCAUAUUGCUUUCGUGACGUUCAUUGAUCCCGCUGCGGCCCUCACCUUCUUCCAAGUCGCGUCUUACCAAGGCCUGACGUUGAACAACCGCCGCCUGAAGAUUGGCUGGGGCAAGAACUCGGGGCCUCUGCCUCCCGCGCUCGCUCUCGCCGUUCACGGUGGUGCCACUCGCAACGUCUACGUUGGUAACAUCGAGGACUUUGACUCGUUCAACGAUGAGAAGCUGAAGAGGGACUUCGGCGAGUAUGGCGACAUCGAGCUCGUCAACUUCCUAAAGGAGAAGAACUGCGCGUUCGUUAAUUUCACGAACAUCUCCAAUGCCAUCAAGGCCAUUGAUGGCGUGAAGAACAAGCCGGACUACGCCAAUCUGCGUAUCGCCCACGGCAAGGAUCGUUGCGCUAACCCGCCGCGGUCUGGUCCCCAGGGCGGUGGUGCUCGGCGGUCCGCCAGCGGCCACAAUGGUCCUGCCUCCGCGGGGCCUGUUAGCGCCAUUGAGCCGCCCGCCGAGGGCCUUGAUGCCGCUUUCCUUGGCCAGGAUCUUAAGGAGGAACCCGCCGACAUUGUUGUCACGCCGGUGGACGCUCCACAGGGCGUCGCGGUGCCUGCCAACUAACCUGUGUAACCCCACCCCACCCCCCGCGCGCAUGCUCCCCGUCAGCAGCGUUUUUUGUCUUUGCUCACUGGAUACCCGUGUUUCCCCGACUGUCUGU